AUGCAAAAGCUGCAGUCUGAGUUCGAUCCGCACAUCUUCAUCGACGACCAUGAGUACACAGGCGGCAACUUGGUAGCCGAGAAGUACAUCCGCGCGCAGGAUCUUUUAGUGUCUGCCAACAAGAACCAAAACGUCAAUCCUAGUAUCCGAGCGUUGAACCAGGAGUUCGUCGACGACGUCUUCUCAGUUGCCGAGAGUAAGGACCUGCGUAUCUUCCCAUACUUCACCACGAGUGUCGCUAAUGGCACGAUAACGAUCGAGGAGCCUGAUGCGCUUGCUGCGGCAAAUCACAAGGGUGCUGGCAACUACCAGGCGCUGACCUUUCUCGUCGAGACGCGUGGCAUUGCUAUCGCGGAUCAGCACUUUCAACGCCGUGUCGCAUCCCACGUUAUCGUUCUGGAAACUAUCCUCAACAAAGCAGUGGAUGAGUUCGACGAUAUAUACAGCAUCAUCGAAGCCGGACGUAAAGCGUUCAUCGAGAGCAAAGACGAGAUCGUCGUAACCUACGAACAGCGCAUCACCAACAAGACAGUCCCGUUCAUCGACGCAUCAACCGGCUCACUCGUAUCCGUACCCGUCCGCUCUCGAAACAGCGAUCCUUCCAUCGUCACCCUCUCCCGCCCCCGACCAAAAGCCUACGUCUUCUCGCGCGCGUGGGCCGACGUAGCCGAGCGUCUCCGUAUCCUCGGUGUCACCGUCGACGUCCUCCAGGAAGACUUUAUCGAGACUAUCGAAGCGCUCGUAGUCACAAAGGCUGAGCUUGCCGAGACCAAAUUCGAAGGCAUUGCGGGUACAACAGUGACAACUAAUACAACGCAGCGAGCAGUCACAAUACCCGCUGGUGGCUUCUACGUUGAUACUAAGCAAAAGAACGCUGGGUAUGCUUUUACGCUAUUAGAACCAGAAGGAGAGGCGAGUCAAGUGUAUUACAACAAGAUUCCGCUGGAGGUGGGGGAUGAAUACCCCGUGUUCAGGGUUCUGUAG